GAUUUUGAGGAAAGCAAGACUGGCCGAAUUCCUUAACCUCAACGAAGUCCACUCAACGCGAAUUUAAACGGAAAACAAGCGGAUUUUUGGGGAAAGCAGAGCGCAGCGACUUCCGUCGACUUUUCCAGCGGACGGGCGGCGCGAAUGGGACGCCAUGCCAGCGAAGCGGAUGACGGCCACCACAGCAGCAGCUUCGUCCAUUAGUGGAUCCAGUGGCUCCGCCACGAAUAGCAAUGGUCCGUCUGGGGGCGGGUCACGCCCCCUGGAGACGCUCAACGGGAUGGCCAGGUUGACCCCCGCCCGCGAUUUGACCCUUGGUGGGCGUGGCGCUGCGCUGGGGAGCAAAAAGGUGUUUGCCCCCAAUUUGAAUGCGGUGCGCAACAAGAAUGCCAAUGUCAAGACCUCCAAGGACACCACCCAACCCAGGGGCGGCCGCAGGGGUGGGCGUGGCAAUGGCACUGCAGCAACACGUGGUCGGGGUGGAAAUUCCGCUGGCGGGGGCAAUUCCACGCUCAUCCAAACCCAAGGACUCUUCUCUGAAGGAGCAGGCGACGUCCAUGUGCGGAGGUCAACGGGCAAUGGAACGGCAUACGCCAGGAGCGGCGAGGAGGUUGCCGUGGCCAGGAAACGAGUAGAUCGGAAGGACGACAAGAGCCAGGCCGAAAGGAUAAAGGAACUCUUGGGUGAAUCGGAUGCCAGUGAUGCAGAGCUCAGCGAAGAGGAACCUAACAAGACUGAGAUGGCUCUUCGGCCCAUCCUGCUCAAGGAGGGACUGUGGGUCACCCAGAAGACACCGAUUCUGAAGCAGGAGGAUACCAGUUCAACGUCUACACAAAAGGAAACCUUGGCAGUGGCUGAACACCUGCAGCAACUGCAUGUCGCCGCCCAAGCUGCCAGCUUGGAGGAACCACCGCUGCAGUACGGUCGCUAUCCACGCACCAUUGGCAACUUUCUGGACUCCAGUCAGUCGCAGAUCUUCCUCAUGCAGCUGCCUGAUGUGCUGCCAUGUGUGAGCGAUGAACCCGAGGAUGCGGAACCAUCUAAGGCGGACCCCCUAGCGACCAGUGAAUCCGAACCCUCAAGUCCUGCCAUCAAAUCCUCCAGCGUAGCCAAGGGAAGUGUUCUUCGGCAGCUUGAAGAGGGCCAGAUCGGCAAGAUUCUGAGGUACAAAUCAGGUCGCGUUAAACUCCAGCUGGGAGAUACCCGCUUCGACUUGGACAUGGGUCUUGAUCCGGGAUUCCUGCAGGAGCUUAUGUCUGUUACCGCGAACCGCGAGCAGCGCAGCGGAAACAUGAUCAACCUGGGACCCAUUCAGGCCAAGCUCAAGGCCACUCCAGAUUGGGUGCACCUCUUCGAACAGCAGGAAGCUGCAGCCAAACGAUCCAAUCCGGUGCCGAACACGUAGCACAACCUGAUUUCAGUUCCACACUAGAUAUGUAAAAUUGUAAAUAGGCUGCGCCUAAGUCUAAGUUAUUUCUACUUUAAAUGCCGUACAUACAUUUUAAAUAUAGACUUUUGUAAUAA